CUGGGCUCUUCUUGUGUCUCUGCAGGGUUCCACCUCAGCGGCACGGUAACCGAGCCGGCCACGCCCACCGAGCCCGAGGUGACCCACAAAGUGGCCAUCAGCUUCGACCGCUGCAAGAUCACCUCGGUCACCUGCGGCUGCGGGAACAGGGACAUCUUCUACUGCGCCCACGUGGUGGCCCUCUCCCUGUACCGGAUCCGGAAGCCCGAGCAGGUAACGGCCCACAGUGAACGGAACAGAGGGGCAAGAGGAGCUGCCGGUGGUGGAGUGUCCAGCUCAGGGUCUGUUCCUGUCCCCCUGCAGGUGAAGCUGCGGCUGCCCAUAUCAGAGACGCUGUUCCAGAUGAACAGAGACCAGCUGCAGAAGCUGGUCCAGUAUCUGAUCACAGCCCACCACACGGAGGUGCUGCCCACCGCUCAGAAACUGGCCGACGAGAUCCUCUCCUCCAACUCUGAGAUCAACCAGGUUCACGGUGCCCCAGACCCGACGGCAGGCGCCAGCAUCGACGACGACAACUGCUGGCACCUGGAUGAGGAUCAAGUCAGGGAGCAGGUCAAACAGUUCUUGUCCCAGGGAGGAUACUACGGCUCCGGAAAACAGCUCAACUCCAUGUUCGCUAAGGUGCGGGAGAUGCUACGUAUGCGAGACUCCAACGGCGCCCGAAUGCUCACGCUCAUAACGGAGCAGUUUAUGGCCGACCCGCGACUGUCGCUAUGGAGACAGCAAGGCACUGGCAUGACAGACAAGUGUCGGCAGCUGUGGGAUGAGCUCGGCGCUCUGUGGGUGUGCGUGGUGCUCAACCCCCACUGCAAGAGUGAGGAGAAGAGCAGCUGGCUGAAGCAGCUGAAGAAGUGGGGAGACAUGGACGUCUGCCCGCUGGAGGACGGCAACUACGGCAGCGAGCUUCCAAACAUCACCAACGCUCUGCCGCAGAGCAACCUGGCUCAAGACUCCCUGUCCAGGCCGAGGAGGACGGUGUUCAGCCGGGCCGUGGAGGCCUGUGACCUCCACUGGCAGGACAGCCACCUGCAGAGGAUCAUCAGCAGCGACUACUACAUGUCCCCGUCCUACCAGAGGGAGGGGGAGAGCCUCCUGUUCAACCCCCAGGGGCUGCCGCUCUGGCUAGACCACGUCCCCACAGCCUGUGCCCGCGUGGACGCCCUUCGUUCCCAUGGCUACUCGAGGGAAGCCCUGCGAUUGGCCGUGGCCAUCAUCAACACGCUCCGCCUCCAGCAGCAGAGGCAGAUGGACAUCUACAAACACCAAAAGAAAGAGCUCCUCCAGAGAGGCGUCACCUCCACCACCAACCUGGAGGGCUGGGUGGGUCAUCCCUUGGACCCGAUUGGCUGUCUGUUCAUCACGCUCACAGAAACGUGUCGGGUGGACGAUGACAGCACCAUGGACACCGGAGAUGGUGACCCCAGACCGCCUGUGUACCACCAUGUGCCCGUGUGGGGCAGCUCAGACGGGGGGGAGUCCUACCUGACUCUGGCCUUGGAGGUGGCCCUGAUGGGAAUGGGCCAGCAGAGGAUAAUGCCGGAGGGACUGUACGCUCAGGACAAGGUGUGUCGCAACGAAGAGCAGAUUGUUUCAAAGCUGCAAGAGCUGGAGCUGGACGAUCUCCUGGUUCAGACGCUUCGGAAACAGGCCAUACAGCUAUUAGACGCCGGUCCCUUCAGCGGCCUCGGGGAGGUCAUCCACAGGGAAAGCGUGCCCAUGCACACUUUUGCCAAGUACCUCUUCUCAGCCCUGCUGCCACAUGACGCAGACCUGGCCUAUAAGGUGGCUCUCCGCGCCAUGAGGCUGCCGGUGCUGGAGUCAUCGGGCGGCUCCGGGGACGUUGGCCACCCUCAUCACGGCAUCUCCAUAGUUCCCAGCAGAUACCCCCGCUGGUUCACUCUGGGACACCUGGAGUCGCAGCAGUGCGAGCUGGCCUCCACCAUGCUCACCGCCGCUAAAGGGGACAUGCUGAGGUUGCGGACGGUGCUGGAGGCCAUCCAGAAGAACAUCCACUCCUCGUCUCUAAUCUUCAAACUGGCCCAGGACGCCUUUAAGAUAGCCACGCCCGCAGACAACCCCCCCGACAUGACCCUGCUGAACGUGGCGCUGGAGCUGGGGCUGCAGGUGAUGCGGAUGACGCUGUCCACGCUGAACUGGAGGAGGAGAGAGAUGGUCCGCUGGCUGGUAACCUGCGCCACCGAAGUUGGGCUGCGGGCGCUGGUGAGCAUCCUGCAGAGCUGGUACACGCUCUUCACGCCCACGGAGGCCACCAGCAUCGUGGCGGCCACCGUCAUGUCGCACAACACCAUCCUGCGGCUGAGCCUGGACUACGCGCAGCGCGAGGAGCUGGCCAGCUGCGCGCGCACGCUGGCCCUGCAGUGCGCCAUGAAGGACCCGCAGAACUGCGCCCUGUCGGCGCUCACGCUCUGCGAGAAGGACCACAUCGCCUUCGAGACGGCCUACCAGAUCGUGAUCGACGCGGCCUCCACGGGCAUGACCUACUCGCAGCUGUUCACCAUCGCGCGCUACAUGGAGCACCGCGGCUACCCGCUGCGCUCCUUCAAGCUGGCCUCGCUGGCCAUGACCCACCUCAACCUGGCCUACAACCAGGACACGCACCCGGCCAUCAACGACGUGCUGUGGGCGUGCGCGCUCAGCCACUCGCUGGGCAAGAACGAGCUGGCCGCCAUCAUCCCGCUGGUGGUGAAGAGCGUGCACUGCGCCACCGUGCUGUCCGACAUCCUGCGGCGCUGCACCAUGACGGCGCCGGGCCUGGCCGGCAUCCCCGGGAGGAGGAACUCCGGGAAGCUGAUGUCCACGGACAAGGCGCCGCUGCGGCAGCUGCUGGACGCCACGAUAUCGGCCUACAUCAACACCACGCACUCGCGGCUGACGCACAUCAGCCCGCGGCACUACGGCGAGUUCAUCGAGUUCCUGAGCAAGGCGCGGGAGACCUUCCUGCUGGCCCAGGACGGCCACAUCCAGUUCGCCCAGUUCAUAGACAACCUCAAACAGAUCUACAAAGGCAAGAAGAAACUCAUGAUGCUGGUCCGGGAGCGCUUCGGCUGACCCCAGCCCCCCCCCCCCCCCCCCCCCCCUCAGAGACCCUCCUCCUGGGAAGAAGUUCGACUUAUUUGUUUCUAUUUAAGGCUUUUUUUUUGUUUGUUUUUGGAUUCUUUUGUAUUUUUAAUUCCUAUGUUGAGCCAUUUGUUGACUAAGUCUUAAGGUCUUGUUCGGUUUUGUUUCUUGAGUGUGAACCAAGAAGUGUUGGCAGUACAUUGCUCUACUUCUCCGUCACCGCCAUCGGGGUCAUGACUUGAAAUCUCCAAGAAGCAACAAAGAAAAACGAAGCACGGCCCCCCCUACCAGCUGAGUAUUCCACCUAGACAGAGAAAUCAUACGAAUGUGGCGAGAAAUGUUUGCUUUUCACCGGCACGUGGCUCUGAAAACCAAAUGACCUAGUUGGAUGGGGUUCGUGCUCCAGGCCCGAGGACGCUCUCAGUUGUGGUCGGGGGGGGGGGGGGAGGGGGGGGUUGGGGGGGAAAUGUAAUUGGGGGAAAAAGAGCGGUUAAAAACACUCGCAGUGUUCCUGUCAUACCUCGAUGUUAGGCCUCAGCUUUAACUUUGAAAUGUCCUCGUGUUUCAUUCAGGGCUUCUUAGAGGAGGACAGCAAAUCUAACUACUAACGUGUGGUCUUUCUGUAAAACAAGUCAAUAACUGCAAACUUCAAAACUGUCACAUGCUGGUUUCCUAGAAAACACCUUAGGAGGCCGGUGAUGCUUAGCGGGGUGCAUGUUUCCGAGCGCAGAAGCCUGAGAUCACGCUGCUCCAAAACCGUGUACUCAGAAUAUAUUCAGCCCCUCUUUGAGCCUGGUAACAGAAACUAAAUCACCGUGUACUGGACAGCAGGUUAACCUCACCCCC